UACGUUACGUAAUGUAAGGCUUGUAAUAACGAAAACACACACACACACACACAGAGAGAGAGAGGAGGAGGAGAGAGAAACAUUUGAAGAAGGAAAAACAGAAGACCGAUAAAAAAGAACACAAAUGGAUUGUUCACGUUCUCUCUCUAAAACGGUAAUAACUCCCCUCUCUCUCCUCCUCCUCUCCUCCUUCUGUCUCUUCGCCAACUUUGCCGCGGCGUUCAACUUCUCCACCAUCACCUUCGACCAAGGCUACACGCCUCUCUUUAGCGAUUUCAAUAUCAUUCGGUCUGACAACGAUAAGACCGUUUCUCUCCUCCUCAACCGCUAUUCCGGCUCUGGUUUUAUUUCGUCAGAAUACUACAAUUAUGGGCUAUUCAGUGCCAAAAUCAAGUUGCCAUCCAAUUACUCCGCCGGCAUCGUCGUUGCAUUUUAUACAUCAAACGUCGACGUGUUCGAGAAAAACCACGACGAAUUGGACUUCGAGUUCUUGGGUAACAUCCCUGGAAAGCCGUGGAGGUUUCAAACAAAUCUGUACGGGAACGGAAGCACGAGCCGCGGUAGAGAAGAGAGGUACUCGUUGUGGUUCGACCCUACAAAACAGUUCCAUAGAUACACCAUUCUCUGGACCUCCAAAAGCAUCAUAUUCUACGUGGACGAGGUCCCCAUACGAGAAGUAAUCCGCAACCCCGCCAUGGGCGGCGACUACCCGUCAAAACCCAUGUCCCUAUACGCCACCAUUUGGGACGCCUCCACCUGGGCCACCUCCGGCGGCAAAUACAAAGUCAACUACAACUUCCAGCCCUUCGUCUCCGACUUCACCGACCUUGUCCUCGAAGGCUGCACCGUCGACCCCAUCCAGCAGAUCCCCGCGGCCGCCGCCCCCUGUGACCGCGACACCGACGCCCUGGAGGCGGACGAUAUUAACACCAUCUCGUCCGAGGGACGGAAGGCCAUGAGCUGGUUCAGGGAGAGGUACAUGUAUUAUUCGUAUUGUUAUGAUUUGAUGAGGUACCCCGUGCCGCCACCGGAGUGCGUCAUCGUCCCGGCGGAACGGCACUUGUUUAAGGAUACGGGCAGGCUGAAGGAGGCGUUGAAGAUCAAGUUCGGGCGGCACCAGAAGCACCGCCGCCGUGGGUCCCGCCGGGGCCGCCGGGACGCGGGUGGUGGUGCUGCUACUUCAUUUUGACGUGUCUGGGAGUCGUGUGUGCAUAGUAUGAUUACUAAGAAAAUACUAGUAUACUAAAAUUCACAGAGGAGAAUUGUCUUGAUUGGAACACGUGUCAUACCGAAUUUAUGUCUGUACUAGUACCAUAAAUUUGAAUUUGUAGUUUUUUUUUUUUUUGGUUUUCAAUGCUGGGUUUAUUUUAGAUCAUUUUCUGGAUGAAAAUAGUGGUAGUUCUUUCUUUGUCGUUGUGGUUAUUUAUUGAAGAGCAAUCUGUAGAUUUUGCACAAUAACAUCGACGUUGUGAACAUUAUUUUCUGGGUAAGGUUUAAUAUUUCCGAAGGUCAAUAAUUUUGGU